UAUAUGUAUUAAAGUCACUUCUCUCGCUUCUCUAGUUUCUUCGUCUUCUGUAAUAUCGAGCUUAUAUUGCUCCACUCUCCUUAUAUACGGUCCUGUAAGCGCGCGACGCGUCAGUCUUCGCUCAUUUGUUGGCGCAAAUCGGCGCAGCGAGCACGUUGCAUAUACGAUAGCUCUCAUAGAUAAAAUUUUUAUAUAUAAUAGCAAAGAAAAAUCUCCUCGUGAUGACAACGGAAAGUGUCGCCGGGCCGAUCGGAACGGACAUGCACCACGUGCCGAAGGAAAACUAUAUGAAAUCUAUAGCUAUGCCGGGAAAUAUCAAAGCUGGAGUGAUCGAUUUCGUGGCCGGUUCACUUGGCGGUGUAGCCCUCGUAUACGUGGGCCAGCCGCUGGACACCGUGAAAGUGAAGAUGCAAACGUUUCCGUCCUUGUAUAAAGGCAUGGUCAAUUGUUUUCUGCGUACUUUAAGAACAGACGGUAUAGCAAGGGGUUUGUACGCCGGAACGAUCCCGGCAGUAGUCGCUAACGUUGCGGAGAAUUCGGUGCUGUUCGCAGCUUACGGUGGAGGCCAAAAAGCAAUCGCUCAUUUAUCAGGAGUGCAGAAUGUGAAGGAGUUAAGUUCCUUCAGUAACGCCUGUGCCGGUUUUUUUGCCGCGUUCUUUUCCUCGCUUACAUUAUGCCCGACCGAAUUGAUAAAAUGCAAGUUACAGGCGAUGAGAGAAGUCGAACAAACUCAAACAACUAAAACAGUCAAAUCCGUGAAAUCUCGCAUAGGACCAUGGGAUUUGACGAGACAAAUUUUGAGGGAACAGGGAAUACGAGGCCUCUUCGCAGGUCUUUCGUCGACGAUAGCUCGCGAAAUGCCAGGCUACUUCUUCUUCUUCGGCGGUUACGAAGCCACGAGGGAAUUGCUGGCAACGAAGGAUCAAAGCAGAGACGAUAUCGGCUGGCAGAAGACGAUGGUGGCCGGCGCGGUUGGCGGUGCGAUGCUCUGGCUAGCGAUAUUUCCCGCGGACGUUGUUAAAAGUAGAAUACAAGUACAAAAUUUGAAAACACCUGCUUUACUGGUGUUCAAAAAUAUUGUGAGACAAGAAGGAGUCGGCGCGCUAUACAACGGACUGAUGCCAACUCUAAUAAGAACAAUACCAGCGACCGCGACUCUAUUCGUCACAGUGGAAUAUACGAAGAAAUUUAUGUACGAGUAUUUUUGAAUGAUAAGUCGUAUUCCUGCGGAUUCUUUUUUGUACUUAUAUUGUGUAUACAACGCAAACCUGAUAUUUAUUCUGCAAGAGAGCAUCAAAAAGUUUAGUUCAAUUGAAAUAGUGAAAAAAAACUGUCAUAUGUGUAAACCAUACCUCAUGAUUCCAAAUAUAAAUAACAGAAUAAUAUGCAAAAUAUAUGCUUUGACAA